AGCCCCUUCCCACCAGAGCUCAUCAACCCUGGCUGGAUCUUUAAGCUGACUCGUCCUGGAAAGGAUGUUUGACAUGUCGGCGCAGGAAAGUGCGCUGUCCCGGCGGUAACCCGUGCCUGAACUGCUCGCGGAUGAACGUUCCCUGCCAUAGCUCCUUCGACACCAACUUCCGCAUUCGGGUUCCCACGGCGACGGGUCAGAGGGACUUGGAAACGAAGGCUCCGAUGGGCCAGCCAAGUCGGAGCCAAGAGUUGAAUCCCCAUACGCCAUUGAUGUUGGGGAUGGCAGAUGAUGGCAGCGGUUUCUUCGAAGUCCCCUUUAUGCCCGUUGCCACCCGGUUCUUGUUCCCAUACCACCGGCCAGCUUUUGAACCUCAGCCGUUGAGCACCCAAGCAAACAUUCCGUUAGCAUGGGGCCAUGGGGCAGCGAAUUUGGACCCUCUUGGCGGCUUCGGGACCUGGGAAACCGAUGGGGCGCUAAUUAGGGAUCCCGACCACCAGAAUGCCAUCCGUUUCGGCGGGAAUGCCCAAGGAGCAACCUCGUCGGUAUACUUCCCCGCCCAUCUCGACCCAUAUGCCAUGCCAGCACCAAACCUCCAGUACCAGCACCAAUACCAGGUGACCAGGCUGAACUUUGAAACCGCCUCUCCGGUGGAUGGCCAGAACCAGCAAGGAAUGAGUCACGACGGCCGGAUGCAGGCGGCCAAACCCUCCCACGAUGGUUGAUAAUAUCGGCCGCCGGAAAACGAAGACGGUGGUACAAAGUGCGCAAUGUAACGCCGGGUUAGGUGGCACACAGAAAGGAGGAAACAACCCAGAGCGAGGCAAGAAUUCACUGUG